UGGUUGAGGUUCAAUUUAUUUAUAUUUUUGGGACUCAGCCCUCAUCAUCUUGUCUAGAGCUUCAGGUACGUUUAACCGCCGUGUAGCUGAAGCUUCUGCCAUGACUUCGAAGCUUCUGCUAAAGCGCCACCAAACGCUAAUCGAGUUCGCUAAAUCGAUCCAGACUCUACAUCACUUUCAAAGAAAUGCUAUAUCUACUCCAUAUAUCCCAUUUUCGAGGCUUGAAUCUCUCAUUUACUCGCGACCUUAUUCAGCAACUUCUCAGCAACCAAUCAAUCUUUCCCUGAAAGAUUCAAAGUCGAAGCCUGUCUAUAGCUCUCUCAAUGAAACUGAACUUUCCAAGUUCUCGGCCAUUGCUGAAACCUGGUGGGACUCGGAAGGGCCAUUUAAGCCAUUGCAUAAGAUGAAUCCUACAAGACUAGCUUUCAUCAGGUCCACACUUUGUCGCCAUUUCGGGAGGGAUCCUUAUUCUCCCAAACCUUUUCAAGGACUCAAGUUUGUGGAUGUUGGUUGUGGAGGGGGGAUUUUAUCUGAGCCUCUGGCUCGAAUGGGUGCUACUGUAAUGGGAAUUGAUGCUAUUGAUAAAAACAUCAAGAUUGCGCGUAUUCAUGCGGAUUUGGAUCCAAUAACUUCAUCAGUCGAAUAUCGUUGCACUACUGCUGUCAACCCCCCCAAGUAUAUAUCUUCAAGAGAUGACAUAAUUGCAAAUAAUGUGGCCAGAAAAUUUGGUGGAAGAACAGAGGCAGUUUGAUGCUGUAAUUGCUCUAGAGGUGAUAGAACAUGUAGCUGAUCCCAGUGAGUUCUGCAAAUCCUUAUCAGAGUUGACAGUUGCUAGUGGUGCUACAGUGAUAUCAACAAUUAACCGUUCAAUGAGGGCUUAUGCCACUGCAAUUCUCGCAGCAGAGUAUAUCCUGCACUGGCUUCCUAAAGGUACACAUCAAUGGUCAAGCUUUCUUACGCCAGAAGAACUAGUUCUGAUUCUACAACGGUGUUCUAUAUCGGUCCAAGAGAUGGGUGGAUUUACAUACAACCCGUUGACAGGUCACUGGUCAAUAUCAGAUGAUAUCGGUGUGAAUUUUAUCCUUUGUGGUACCAAAACACUGGCAUUACAUAGCAAAGAAGAUAAUCCUACGACACCUGGCUGAAACUGCAGAUUAUCACUAAAGUUAAUAAUACAAAGGCAAGUAAGCUUAUAGUGAUGUGAAGUGUAUAAUGAUAAUUUUGCAAGGGAUCGUGUCAUACAGUAUAUUCUCAUCUUCGCAACGUGUCAUUCCUUUUUUUUACCUUGGUAUGGGUAGGGUCUUCAUUUAAUUAACCAAUAUGUAUUCUGUAUAUUGUGGCUCAAAUUAUUCAUAUAGAUUUGGUCUCCAAGAAGUUGGUGUUUCUUGAAAAUAAUUGCUCUCUUCUUAAUUGAGUUCUCCCUCUGGCCUAUUCACUCUUCUC